AUGGGGUCGUACCGAUCCAAAUCAACUCAUAUGGUUGAUAUCAAGGGCAAAGGAAUCCUCUAUGAGGAUGAUGAUGAACCGAUCAAGCUAACUGAUCAUGAUAUUUCUCAAAACAUUGAUGAAUCCAAGCUGUCUCUGAUCGGAAAGAUCCUCAAUCCGAAGAAACAAAGUGUAGAGAAACUUCUACAGAAAAUUCCGGUACAAUGGGGCAUGGAGGACCGUAUCACUGCCAAUGACUUGGGAAAUGAGAAGUUUCUACUCAACUUUACCACUGAAGAUGAGCUGGCCUCUGUUCUUCGACAGCCUUUCACUUCAAUUUCUGUAUGUUUGUGCUGGACUCGACUGAUAGGUGUACCCUUGCAUCUAUGGACUGAGAACAACCUGAGAGAAAUAGGUUCCCGUCUGGGGCAUGUUCAUCAGGAUACAAUAGAGCUGAUCGAAGGCAGAAUGCUCCUAGACAUUGACUCUCGACGACCAUUAAAGUUUGCAAGGAAGGCUGAAUCUCCUGAAGGAGAUGAGGUUACGAUUAAAAUUAAGUAUGAGAUGUUGUUCAAGCAUUGUUCUACUUGUGGCAUGCUUACUCAUGAGAAGGAGUAUUGUCCUUCACUUAAUCGUCAAGGCGUCUUUGCGCGGGUACAGUUUCAAGAGAACCGUCCACAACAGUAUUCGCAAGCGCUGGUUAAGAAGGAAUAUCAGCCUAAUGCGCCGCACUCGCAAGCGCUGGUUGCUCCACAUCAUAAGCCGUCUCGCUAUGCCAUUGUGAGGCAUGAAAAUGGAGGGCGAAACUAUGACUUGGAGCAUCCUCGCGAGGCUUACAAGGGCCAUGCUGAUAGGGUUAUUCGCCGUCGGGAUGAACCGGCUUGGAGGAAGAGGUAUGCUGGUGUGCGAGUGGAGGCAAAGCCUUACGAUAGGUACAAUGGAGCAAACUAG